AUGGAUAAUCCACAGCAGGAUGCGCGGGUGUUGAUACCAGCGGAUAGGAUUGGGAAUCCUAGCAAUUUCUCAGAACACUAUAGAGCUGUAAAUGCUCUCUGGAAGAGAUAUCGAGAGGAGGGCGGCGACGUUAUAAGGGGCUUCAGAGACUAUCGCAUAGAUCGAGAGGAGUGGGCGGAAGCUCCGUUUCCGAAACCAGGAGAAAUUAACCCUCGAGAUUAUAACAUAAAAAAGAAUUGGCAGCGGCUUCCAUAUAAGAGUGAGGCUUGGGAAAGUGAUCUUAAACUAGCAAAAGUGCUAGGCUACGGUGGAAAUGGCAUAGCUCUAAAGUUUAGAAGCAUACGUGAACCUCACGAGCUGGUAUUCAAGAUUGGUCGCCAGGGUUGGUUUAGUCCGGAGAUCCGUCGCGAAGAGCGGGCGUUAAAGGAAGUAGCCCGCGCGGCCCAUUGCGUCCAGGCGGUCCCUCGGAAUAAUGUACUAGACCAGGAAUACCAAGCCUAUGAAUACGAUCCAAUAGAUGAGUACGAUUCGAGCGACGACGAUGAGGAGAGGUCUCUACAGGAAUCAGAAUACGAAAUCCCUGAUGAGGCCGAUGCCCAUCGGGGUAUCUACGACGCCGUUGAACCUGACGAUCCCUAUUCACCUCCUCCACCUCCUCCACCACCGCCCGGUCCGUUUGGCCCUCCCGGACCUGGACCAAUUGCGCCUCCUGGACCUGGACCAAUUGCACCUCCCGGAUUUGGACCAAUUGCGCCUCCUGGACCUGGACCAAUUGCGCCUCCCGGACCUCCGCUUCCACCACAUGAAGAUGGAAACGUGAUCAUAGUUAAAGAGGUUUGGGAAGAAGCACACGCAAAUGGUGAAGCUGACGAUGAAGGUGAAGGCAAUGUUAUGGACGUCGACAAUCCCGGGCCACCAUAUGGGGAUAUCCCCAUGCCAGGCGUGUUGCAUGAAGUAAUCUGGGAAGCACCAGAUGGAGUUGUACAAGGCGAGGGCGAGGCCGACGACGACUUUGAAAUGUUCGAUGAAAAUGCCGAAAAUAUAGACCCGUUAAAUCCGUUUGCAGGGUUUGAUGGAGCCGGUGUUGCAGCGGCUGAUACGGAUGAAGACCGUAGCUCACUCACAAUUCUCGUUUCUGACAUUACUGAACUUAUGCGCAAAAGCCUUAUGGACACCUUCGACCCUAAAGAGACAGGCUCUCAAGAAGACCACCUUUUUGCGCUGGCGAGCGAUAACAAUGAAGCAGCUAAUCUGAAGAAACUGAGCGAUGAGGAACGAGAGAAGAAAAUACAAAAGGUACUAGAAAAUCAAAAAGCAGAAUUAGCCAAGCGUGAGAAGGAGGUUAGCGAAGAGCAAAUUGUUACGCUCAAGACAAACGCACUAGAGUUUUUUGAUAACUGGAGGGGCACCGUUGUGAUCCGUGUCGGGGAAGUUGUCAACUCUAGGAAAACCGCUGAGAAACAAUCGAAGCAAGCCAAGCCAGAACUCGCAGGCUCAGAUACUGAACCGAGGUUGGAGGGCAUCGAGACUGAGGAACAUGAGAAUACGAUCACUGGAGCUUUAUUGAAGAUAUACCCCCCCGUCGAAACUGCGUUGCGCAAAAUGGCCAAAGAGAAGCGAAUAUUAAUACUCCACUCCGUACUUUUACUCCUUCUGAGCUUGGAACACUAUAACGCCUAUUCGCGGGUUCUAUUGCUGUACCUAACUACUAGCAUGGGUCUAUCGGCUACGGUACUUUCAGAGGACGAAAAGAAAGUCGCACGCGGGCUUCUUACGGCGGUUGAGAAGAUGUCGGCUGAUGAGGAGACGAAGAAUAGAGCCGAAGAAAAUCGUACCGCUCGCAAAUGGAAGAUGGGCGUAGCUGGAGUCGCUGGUGCGGCCCUCAUCGGUAUUACCGGUGGGUUGGCAGCUCCUUUCCUGGCCGCUGGGGUUGGCACUGUUCUAGGUGGAAUUGGUCUCGGGGCUACCGCUACGGCAGGCUAUCUUGGAGCCUUAGCCGGAAGUGGCGUUUUAGUAGGUGGUCUGUUUGGGGCCUAUGGUGCUAAGAUGACAAGUCAAGCCAUGGAACAAUAUACUCGAGAUGUGGAAGACUUUGCUUUUGUGCCCAUCGAAAGACUAGGGGAGAGCGAAAUAGAAGCACGCCGGUUGCGAAUUGCUAUUGGUAUUUCUGGUUGGCUGGGCGAUAAAGACGAGGUGGUGACGCCCUGGAAAUGUAUCGGUCUAGGCCAAGAACCGUUUGCCCUCCGCUUCGAGCUGGAAGCGCUGAUCGAUCUGGGGAAUGCGCUUACAACCCUAGUCACUUCCGCGGCUUGGUCCUACGCGAAGUCUGAGAUUAUUAAACGCACUGUUUUUGCGGCAUUGUCCGCUGGCUUGUGGCCGCUAGGCUUGCUGAAAGCUAGUCGCAUUAUUGACAACCCCUGGAGUGUUGCUAACCAGCGUGCUCAAAAAGCUGGAGAAGUUCUUGCCGAUGCUCUUAUCAACAAAGCGCAAGGCGAGCGACCAGUCACACUUAUCGGGUAUUCUCUCGGCGCUAAGGUUAUAUAUGUGUGCCUACAGCAGCUUGCUAAGCGGAAGGCUUUCGGUCUGAUCGAGAAUGCCAUAAUGUUAGGCGCACCGACUCCUAGCAGUUCAGCCGAUUGGCGCCGUAUCCGUUCUGUCGUUGCCGGAAGAGUUGUUAAUGCAUACAGCGCGAAUGAUUAUAUUCUCGCAUUUUUAUACAGAAGUAGCAGCAUCCAGUUCGGGGUUGCCGGACUACAUCCUGUUCUCGAUGUCCGGGGCGUCGAGAACGUUGAUGUUGGUGAUCUAGUCAAAGGCCACACGUUGUACCGACAUGCAACGGCACCGAUCCUUAAGCGUAUCGGUUUCGAAGACAUUGACUUGCAAGAAAUUAGACGUGAAGAGCAUCAAUUGGCAGAGCAAGAGAAGAGGGAAGAAGAAAAGCGCGAGGCUGCCGAGAGCGACGCUAAGCAGGAGGGCACUGGCGAUAACCCAAGUAUCAGUGAGGGAGAGGUCCGCAGGAUGGAACAAGAAAUCGAACAAAAGAACUAG